AUGCAGCAUACCCCCGUAAACCUACCUGAAUUCGCACCAGAUGACCCUCGGGAGUUCCUUCAAUACUCUCACCCUCGUUUGCACUUUGUCGCCCUAUCUGUCCUGACCAUCUCCACUACCCGCCUCGACCGAUUUCUACCUCCUCCUGCCGUACACUUCUCGGACGAUCGCCUCUACCUUUCAAUAUUCUCGAUGGUCCCCAAGGUUACAAAGACCCCGCACAAAAAGACGGCGGUUGAAUUGCGGAGGUUGAACGAGGGUGUGGAUAAAGGCUUGAGGACAGACAAUCGGUUAGGAGUGGUUGGUCGCCUUGAGGAGGGCCAAACGGGGCUUCUGUCGUGA